AUGCCGGCCGAGAGCGCGUUCGUCGAUGCUGCAGCCUGUGGCGACCUGGACGAGGUCAAGGCCCUCCUGGCCUCGCCCGAGCUGACGGCCGAGAUCAUCAACAAGGUCGACAAGGACAGCAAGUCAGCCUUCCACUACGCGUGCCUCAACGACGACGCCAAGCUGCUCGCGAUCUUGCUCGCCGACCCGCGCGUCGACGUGCGCCAGACGUCAAAGAACAACGACACGGGCAUGCACAUGGCCGCUCUCUACGCAUCGCUGGAAGCCAUUGCGCUCCUCCACGCCGAUGGCCGCGUCGACAUCAACGCCCAAAACGCGUACGGGGAGACGCCGCUGCACCUCUGCGCUGGUUCCGGCGACAAGAGCGCCGCCAAGACGGCCAACGUUCUUCUUGCCAACGGCGCGCGUCUCUCUGUGACGGACAAGUGGAACCGCGGCCCGAAGGACGUGAGCCACGAUAACGCUGAGAACCCGAUCGUCGCCACCUUCAACGAGUACCUCGCCGACCGGAGCCGCUGCUCCGAGGUCGAGUUCGAGAAAGUCCAAGCCAUUAGCGCUGCGUACCGCGCCGAGACCAUGCCACCGCCGCCGAGCGUAAACGACGUUACGAAGAAGGUGUCGAUCUUUGGUCUUGGCGGCCUUGGCCAGGUCAAGCUCAAGAAGACAACGACAGUGCUCAAGACCAUGUUCAAGGCCGACGAAGGCACGACGUUCUCGGGGCGCGUAACGACCAACUCGGACGACGAGCGCCGGCCGCUGAGCAAGCUCAUCGACUUUCCCGGGGACCUCGAGGACAUCCGCCUCCACCUCACGAAGACGACCCUUCUCAGUAAGGAAGGUGUCAACCCCGCCGGCGCCGACGCAUACGGGCUCACGGCGCUGCACAAGUUUGCCUCCUGGAACAAGUCCGAGUACCUCGACGCGCUCAUUCCAUUCUUGACCAAGGACGAGCUCAACGUCGUGUGCCCCGAGGGCAAGACCGCGCUGCACUACGCCGUCGAGAUGGCGAGUGCCGGCGCUGUCAAGACGCUCGUGGCCGCCGGCGCGGACGUCCACGCGGUCGACGGGAAAGGCCGCACCGUGGCCAUGAUCCUCGACCAAGCGACGUCGUCGGGCGUCAUCGACCGCCUCCGGAAUGCCCUUCAGCCCAACGCCUAG